UACCGCCGCUUUCUUGUCAUCAACAUCAAAUAGAACACUCGUUCUUUUUUCUUUUUUUAAAUAGUUUUUUCGGAAUUUAGUUUUAAUUAAAACAGGAUAUUUUAAAAAAACCCAAGCAAUAAAUAUCACUAGAAGUCUGUAAAUUUACUGGUGUUAAUCUAUUUCAAUAAUUCGGAUAUUCUCAAAGUCGCUUUGACUAUUAAGGAAUUAUCAUCAAAAGAUGGACUCAAAGAAGUGCAUGAUUCAUAAUUGCAUGAAGGGACUGGAUGAUGCCAUUUAGUGAUACAUCAAAUCAUAGAAGGGUUCAGAUCACGGAGUCAUGGCGUCUACGAACGCUCCAUUAAAUGGAACAAACGUGGAGUUUAUUUAUCUAACUUUCUGGGAUAAGGUGGCCAUUUCCGGCGGUGCAAUCGGCUUCCUUCUGUUGGUAUCGGUGUGUAUGGUAUGCUUUCUGUGUCCCGAGUGUUUCUGCCAUGGUAUCUGCUUUGAUGACGAUGAUGCAGAGGAGAGGAAAAAGAAACAAGCGAAGAGUAAGAAAUUCGGUUCUCAGAAGUCAACAUCCAGCAAGGGAAGUUAUGGAUCGACCGAGUCAGAUUACUUCUACAGCGCACCUCCUCCUGACGCUACCGAUUCUGGACCAAUCAAAUGGAAACCUUUAGAUCUCAUCAAAGAACGGGAGCAGUCUGAUUGGUCGUCUGAUACCGGGAGUGGACUUGAAGUGAUCAAGCUAGAAAAGAUAAAACGUAAAAGCUUGAUUAUUCAUGAUACUCUUCAAAAUGGAGAUCUCCAUGACGACAUGAGGUCAGUGAUAGAAGGUGCGAUUAUUGACUUCACCCUUAGUUACAGUCUUUCAGAAGAGAAGCUAACUAUAAAAAUUAUAGAAGUUAAAAACAUGAAAACCGGUGAAGAAAACAUUUUAGUGUCACCGUAUAUAAAAAUCCGCAUUUACAAGACGCCUAAGCAAUUUUUCACAUUUCGCGAUCAUUCUGAGAAAGGACCUGUGAUUAUUAACUUAGAAAAAGAAUUUAAGACAAAAAUGCAUCGUCCCUGUGAAGUUCUUGCUUACAAAGAAACUUUUGAAAUACCCGUAGACUUGGAAACAUUGAAAUUGUUUACGCUCCGCCUACUUUUGUGUGAUAUGGAUAAAUUAUCUCGUCACGUGAUACUGGGCGAGACUUCAGUGAUUUUGAAGAAAACGGAUUUAUGGACGGUGAAAGAUUUGAAGUUUUCUGAGAAGUUUAGAAUUCCAGUUGAGGAGAAUCUUGGAAGUAUAUCCAUAGGCUUGAGUUAUUUACCUACGUCAGAGAAGAUGUACCUGACAGUGGAAUCUAUCAAAGGUUUGAAGGUGAUGGACCGGAAGUCCGCCAGUACAGAUGCCUGUGUGAAGGCGUACCUCAUGUAUGAUGGAAAACAGCUCAAACGAGUCAAGACCACAGUUCGAGCGUCUGACCUUAAUCCCGUAUUUAAUGAGAGUUUCUCAUUCGACGUCCCGAACUCUGAAGUCGAGAAAAUCUAUUAUUCAUUGGUUGUUUGCCAUUAUGACGCAGAGAAUAAAUCCAGCAAGAUCAUUGGUCGAGUUUAUAUUGGAAUGAACUUUGACCCUGAAGCCAGAGAGCACUGGACGAGUAUGGUGCAUAAUCCGAGGAAGAAAAUUGUUGCUUCAUAUAAAAUAAAAAAUUGAACCAAUUAGUACCAAAUAUAUUUGCUACAUUAUAUAAACAUAGUGAAAUGUAUAUUUUAGAUGUAAAAAUAGAUGUAAAAUCAAGAGAAUGUUUAUACACAUACACUUACAAGAGGCGGUUGUUUUCGACAACUCCCUCGUGAAUUUUUGAUGUAAUUUUAACCUUUGCUCUAGUAAGUAAACCACGAAGCUGCUUGUUUUUCUUAAAAUAUCCAGGUAUCAUGUCGAUUUCAAACCAACAUACCAAACGUAUAUUAUUUACCCACAUGGAAAACAUGGAUAUUUGCAGCAAGGAAAAGAAUUUUGCAAGUAGUUCCCAAUACAUCAAAUAGGCCCGUUGUAAGUAUUGAAACACCCCUUUUUGUCGCUGGAAAGUAAACAAACAUUAAAGUAGCUUGCCUCCAGAUGUAUGCUAAUUUUGAAAAUGAAGUUAAAAGUAUAAAAAUGUGAAAUUAUCAAAGAAAGGAAUUUACCCUCUGCAAACGACACAAACAAUCCACGUUAAUUGCUUAACAAAAUAUGCAAACAAUUAAUAGCCCUGAAACGCAAUUGAAAUAUGGUGAUAAAAACUGCAAAAUCAGUCAUUUAUCAUUUGUAAAUAAUUACUUAAAUUUUCAUUAUUUUACCUUAUCUUAGAACAUUUUUCUCAAGUUUGAUGUUCUUGAAUUAUUUUUGGCUCAUCUGGAGGCAUGCAGCUUUAAAAUUGCAAUGUUAUAUAAUGAUAAUAAUAAGAAGAAUAGUUUUAAUGGGUUAUAAUUGUAUCUAUUAAUUGACCUUUGACAGAUCGACGUUAACAUAGCUAGUUAUUUCGAAUGCUCAGGGAAAGUGAAGUAACUUCAAAAUAACUGUAUAUUUCAAACAGCAUCAGAAUACAAUUAAAAUAAGAAAUAUAUAGAAUUAAAAUUACCUUUCAGUUGUUUCUGAAUAAAACGCGACAAAAAGAUUUGUUGCAUUUUGUAUAGUUUUUGUUAUUGAUAAAUGUUGACGUUGUUAUUUUUCUGUUGUGUAAAUAAAAUUUAUUAACGUUGUAGGGCAUUGUAUACCGGUUAACAUGUUGGUGUCAUUGUAAAAUCCAUCCACAAUAAAUCAUACCAUAUCA